AUGACUGUGACGAUACCCAAGCCAGACGCCGAACAUACCGUAUUCCAUGCGGGGUUAAAAGAAAAAGAUGGGAAUGUCGUGGGUGAGACUGAGGAAAAUCCAGUGGUCACAAGCACACGAUAUGCUUUUGAGAAAACCGAUUUGGUGCGCGUCAGCGAUGGGGGAAUCAAAUCAGCCGCUCUAUACAUCUACCACAACCUCAAAGUCCAAUCAUACACUCCUCGAACUUGGCGCACGCACCCUCUCCACAUAUGCCCGCCGGAGCCUUACGACCCUUCGGAGCCCCUCAACAAAUCCGUUUUCGACUGGAUCUUCUUAAUCUCGUCUCUUAACUUCAAUUUCUGGUCUGAGAAAGAGGGGAGCGAAGAAAGGUUUGGGGUCGAGUGGCAGGAGGGAUGGGAGGGAGCGGCGGCCACGAAUAGGAUGGUCCAUACAGGCUACUGGAGCCUAGUAGCCGCCCUGAAUCGAGCCAUGGCCGACGACGGUAUACCAAUAACCGAUCCGAAUUUCUACUCAUCAGAAAUUCUGUGUCCCGAUUCGCUGAUCGAACAUGUAUUCCGACCUGCGCAGGAGUGCUCGGAGACGAUUCCUCUCCUCCAAAGUCGCAUAGCCAUCAUGAGAGAGGUUGGCCAUAUCCUUUGCACAAACUUCGGCGGUUCUUUCAAAGGGUUCAGCGACGCCUUUCAGUCGAGAUACAACAACGAAGGGACUGCCCUUCAGCUAGUCAAAAUGGUCACGGAGACCUUUCCCUCCUUUCGGGACGAGGUUUGGUACGAAGGACGAAGAGUAUACCUAUGGAAGCGUGCACAAAUCCUCGUCGCUGAGACAUGGGCAGCGUUCUAUCCACCAUCGCCGCCAUCUCCCUCCAACCCCCAUCCACUAUUUCCUGGCCCUCGCGGCGCGUCCAUCCACCAACUGACCAUGUUCGCAGACUACCGCGUCCCUCAGAUCCUCCACCAUCUUCGCAUACUCGAAUACCCUCCUUCCCUCCUCUCCCUACUGCACGCCGGGGCCACCCUCGAGUAUGGGUCGCGCGAGGAAUUGAGCUUGCGUUCGGCGAGUAUAGUGGCUGUGGAACGUGUGCGGGAGGAGAUCUGUUGCUUGAUGGGGGAGAACGGGGAGGAUGAAGAUGGAGUGACGAGUGUGCUCAUUGAUUUCUAUCUGUGGGAUCUUGCGAAAGAGAUUGAGACUGGAGAUGGGAACGUCGAAGGAAUCCAGACGGUCGCAGUAGCACCCAUUCACAGGACAAGGAGUAUUUGGUACUGA